CAGGCUGGUGGGCGCGCGGCCGGGGCGGGGUGGGGGGAGCGCGCUGGCUUCCACGCGUGCGGCGAGACCCGGAGAAGGAGGCGGAGCGGCGCGCCGGAGUCCAGCCUCCUCAUCUUGCGAGCGCGACUCUUGCAGGCAGCAGCAGCAGCAGCCGCCGGACGCCGCGGCCGAUCCGAGGCAGCCUUGAACCGGGACUGCAGGCGAGCAGAGGCGAGGCGGAUCGGGGCCGCAAGGACCUCGUGGAGCGCCCCGGGCAGGCAGCGGGGUGAGGGGCGUACCGGGCUGGCAGCAGGACCCCUCGCGCGUGGGGUGGCGGGGCAGCCAGAACAGGAGACCCCCUCCUCCCUCCCUCUCCAUUGUGCUCUCCCGCAGGGAUCGGGCUCCAGUUGUGCCAGGAUCGCGCCCCCUCUCCCCCCCUCCCGGCAAACGUAGGGAUAGCCCAGAGGAGUGUGUGGGUGCCUGUGUGGGUGUGUGAAGCCCCAGGUACCCGCCACCGGCCCCCAGGAAGAAAUUGCGCAAAACGGGGGUUUCCAGAGAGAGGACCGGAUCGGGCGCGAGGUCAGGAUUGGGCUCCCGAUAGGAAAACACAAGCCAGGGGACAGCAGGGAAGCAAAGCAGGGGGAGGGGAGGAGCUGCAGACCCCGCCCCCCCCCAGAAUCUGGUUUCCCCUUCCUUUUACUAAACUGCCCCCCUGCCAAAGCGAGGAAGCAGCAUUCUGUGCCCCCCCCCCGUGAAAAGUGCCACACACCCCCUCCAGUUUUAAGUGAGUAGCUGCUCUCUCGGUUUCCCUCCAUCAGCAUCCCUGGGGAGGGGGUCCUGAGGCUGGGGGAGGGCCGGCCCCAGGGCUCUGGAGGCCAAUCGGGGUCCGCUCCCUCAUCCGCCCCACUCCCGCCUAUGGCGGCCAUGUUGCCCUGGCGGAGGAGCAAGUUCGUGCUGGCGGACGAGGGGGGCGCGCCGAAGGCCAAGGGCAAGGUCCUGGGGCCCGGCCUGAGCUACGGCUCCCUGCUGUACAGCCUGGUGCGCUCCUGCCCGGACCUCUGGGCCGAGUGGCCCCUGGAGCGGCUGGGCAGCGUCUUCCGCAGCCGGCGGCAGAAGGUGGAGCUCAACAAGGAGGACCCCACCUACAGCGUCCGCUACCUGGGCAACGCCGUCACCCUGCAGGCCAAGGGCGAGGGCUGCACCGACGAGGCCGUGGACAAGAUCUGGUCCAAGAGCGAGCGGGGGGCCCGCAGCACCAAGAUGAAGCUGACCCUGGGGCCCCCGGGCAUCCGCAUGAGCCCCGGCGAGCGGGGGGGCCGCCGGCCCGGCCACGCCUACCUGCUGCACCGCAUCACCCACUGCGCCGCCGACCGCCGCCACCCCAAGGUCUUUGUCUGGGUCUACCGGCACCAGGUCAAGAACAAGGCGGUCGUCCUGCGGUGCCACGCCGUGCUGCUCUCCAAGGCCGAGACGGCCGGCACGAUGGCGUUGCGGCUGUGCCAGACCGCCUGCUCGGCCUUCAACGAGUUCAAGCGCCUCCAGCGGCAGAACGACGCCCGCCGCCUCCAGCAGCAGCUGCUGGGGGAGGCCAUCAUCCCCUUGGUGCCCCUCCGGAAGCGGCUGAACGGCAAGUGCCCCUACCGGCCGCCGGCCGAGCGUAACCGCAGCGCCCCCCGGCUGAGCGCCAUCCAGGAGGAGGAGGAAGAGGAAGGGGAGGGGGGGCGCCACAGCGCUCCCGGGGGUCCCGCCUGUGGCCGGGCCACGGACUCCGUGUCAGGCAGCCUCCCCACCAGCUUUCCCCGUCGGGCUCUGGCCGGCAGCAGCUCGGACAGCGCAACCCCCGGCGGCCACGACGCGGCCCCCCAUCCCAGCCACGGGACCCGAGCCAGCCUCCCCCUCCGCGCCCGCGCGGUGGCCGCCAGCCUCCCUCUCGGCACCGCUGACCGCGCCGCCCCCGGCGGCCACAAUGCUGCCACCGGCCAGGGUCCCGAGACGGCCAGAGGCCGGGAGAGAUCGGAGGUGCUGACCUUGACCCGGGAGCUGAAAGUCUGCACUUUGAGAAGCCCGCAGGCGGAGCGGCCGUCCUGGGAGCAAGCCCCCCAGCCAUCUGGCUUGUCCUGUUAGGGAAACCGGAGCCAUAUAUUUUUAUUUUCCAGUGAUGGGUCGAUUCGGAGGAGGGGGAGGCAGGAACGUGGGGACAGAACGUGGCGUUCCCUCUGCUAGCUCGGCUGUUCCCAGGGCUGACAAAUGGCCGCCUCCCUCCUCACUGACUGAUAAACAGGACCGGCUUCUCCCAGUUCCGCCUGAGUUUAUGACCCAGAACAAACGGUUGGGUUCCCGCGGCCUGCCUCUUGGGUGGACUUCCGAAACUUCUGGCCUUCUGGCGUGGCCGCUUUCAGGGACGGACGGUGGCCCGCUGACACCGUGAUCGGCCAGCGUGGCGUUGGGAGGCAGCGAUUCAGGGGUCUUGCCGGGUCUUUCGGGUAGAUUCCCAACACGCCUGGCCUCGGCGAGGACGGAAAGAGACGUGAGCUGGCUGGGUUUCCCCUCUGCAUUUCUGCAGAGGCGACGGAAGCUUAUUUCUGCUUGUCCAAACUGGGAAAGAAAGAAAAAUGUCUAAAGAGAAUUGUUCUGUGUC